CGGACAAAAGGCGUCGGGACGCUGCCCGCGGCGACGGACCGCGGCAGGAGAAGCGUACGAGUAUCAAAAAUGUCCGUCAGCCGGCCGCGCAGCAUCUCCAUGAGCAGCGCCGGGCGCAGCAGCCAAAAGGGCCGGCGCCCCUCCUUCCUUAAUGACAAGGGCGAGGUGCGGCUCGUCGAGAACGGGUUUGACCUGACGCCUUUACCGUUGUUGGUGGACGAGGCGCCGCCGGACGAGGUGGAGGAGGUUGUGGCCGAGCGCGAAGCCGAGACGACGCAGCACGACGACGAGGAGGAGACGGGGACGCUGUGGUCCUCGUCCUACUACUCCGAGUCCGGGAGCGACUCCGAUGAAGAAGAGAAGGUCGUCGUGCCGCCCGUCGUGACGCUGCUCACGGAGUCGCCGACGGAGACGCUACUCUGCAUCCGGGGCCGGUGCGUCGCCGUCGACGCCAAGGAGGUUAAACAAGUGGAGCAGGCGAAUGUGGCGUAUGAAGCUUCGUUGGAUUUGAAAAAGAACAACCCGGACAAGUACGUGACGCGGCACGCGCAAACACUAAAUGCUCCCUUGAAGGAUCGGGGUAGCGUGACGGCGCCGCCUUCUUCUUCGUCAGCUGGAACGCAGGCCACGAGCUAUGAUAUCCAAGAUUGCAUCGCCCAAGCCGUUGCCGAGGAGGAGGCCGAAUUGGCCUCGAGGCGGCCGGGCACGGCGUCUAAACAACAACGAAUCAACCGGAACGUCUACCAGAACACGUCGAAAGUCGUCGCGGCCUCCAAGGCGUCGCCCGACUUCCUCUUAGAUGUUUCGGAAGAUCGUGUCGAGUCCAAGGCCGAGAAAAUAAAACCGUCCGUAAGGGAGGUGCCGAUACAACGAGAGAUCCAGGGCCCCGAACGAGCUUUGUUGAAAGAAAAAUUCGCGAAGAACAUGCGAGGCGUAUCGAUGGGGUUCUCCUGCGCGGCCAUGGAGCGCUGCGUUCAACAGAAUUUAUAUCAUGAGCGCCAGAUGAACUAUCGCGCGUUCGCGGAGAAGCCUUCGGUACAACAGGAGCUGGAGGCCGCCGAGGAAGUUGAUGAGGUGGAAGUAGAACCUACGGAGCGGGGUUCGUCUGUCGAAGCGCUGUGGAGCUGGCAGGCGCCCAUGACCAAAAACAGGAGGGUGACGUGCAUGGCCUGGAACAAGCAUAGGGAAGAUGUGCUCGCGGUGGGGUACAACGGUGUGGUCAUCGAUGGUUCGCUACCGCAAGACGGGGGCCUGGUGUUGUUCUGGUCCUUAAGGAAUCCGGGCUACCCUGAAAGAGUCGCUUCAUUGGAAGCGGGCUGUUCAUCGAUAGCUUUUAGCGCGAAGAACCCGCAUCUGUUGGCGGUGGGUCUCAUGGACGGCGCCGUGUAUAUUUACGACGUGCGCCAAAAGACGCUGCAGCCUACUCCCGUAUUUGAUAGUAGAUCACUAAAGAAUGCGCACGCCGAGCCGGUCUGGAGCGUGGCCUGGGUCGACAAGGGCGAGGACAAGGGUGAGGUGUUGGUUACGGCCUCGACGGAUGGCAGGGUUUUGGAAUGGACUCUGUCCAAGGGCCUGGAGGCGUCGUGUCUGAUGGUUUUGAAACAGUUAGGCGACGCCGAGGGCGUCAUCUCGCGCACGGCGUCGGGCCUGUGUCUCGACAUUCCGGGGGACGACCCGGCUCUCUAUUUGACAGCUUGUGAGGACGGGACGAUCCAUAAGUGCUCAGAUGCCUACGCCGAGCAGUACCUCGAAUCCUAUACCGGACACACGGGUCCGGUCUACAAGGUCCGAUCGUCGCCCUACGACCCCAAGGUGUUUCUGAGUUGCAGUGCGGACUGGACCGUCAAGCUCUGGACGCAGUCUUCUUCGUCUCCAUCAGCAUCGUUCCGGAGCGAAGGGUCGUCUCCACUAAAUGAUGUGGUCAACGAUGUGUGUUGGUCGCCGCGGGCGUCGACGCAGUUUGCACUUGUUGGGGGGGACGGUCGUGUGGAAAUUUGGGACGUCGCCCACUCUCUCUUAGAUCCUGUGGUAAGGGAGCAGCCUUUGGUGGAGCCGCCUCCGUCAGCUGAUGAGGCGCCGCCGCCACCAGGGACACCCAUGGAUAAACCACCGGAGCCGCCCGCGCCGAUCAGCGUCGCGGCGACGGCGUGCCUCUUCGCCGACAACGCGCCCGUUUUAGUGGUCGGCGACGCUUCUGGAAGUGUCACGUGCUACAAGUGCGUCAAUUUACCGGCGGCGCCUCCAACCAAAAAGCUGCAACUGUCCGCGCUCGAGGCGGCGCUCGCGCCGGACGAGGCCCAGGGGUAA